GGUCACGUGGUGAGAUCGGGCAAUAUUGUCACUCCGACCCAUAAGAAGAAAAAAAAGCGGUGUAUUUGAGGAAAGAGAACAAAGAAAUAAUUGCAUAUAAAUAAGUGCAGUCUCCGCAGCAGCAGUCGUCCACAGGCAUCGCGCGAGCUUGCACCACAACCUUCUCAGGCACUUCCACUAUCAGCAGCGGAGCUCCAGGAUACAGGAGGAGGAUGCGGUUCUCCGGGCUUCUGUCAGGCGCUUUCGCUCUGCAUGUGCUCCUGACCGCGAGAUGCAUGCCUUUGCAUGAGGGACGAGGACUCAUGAAGCACAAAGAGCCUCCGGGUUUGUCACAGAUUCCUCAUUCCCUCUCUGAAAAGAGGAGAGACAGGGUCCCUCACCCUCAGGACACAUUCAAACCUCAAGCGCUGCCAAAAAAUGAGCCACAGCUCAACACCCAACUCAGGAACAGCUCCGGGGGUGCAGGUCCAGUACGCUGUGGCGUCCCAGACUACCCCGACCAGAGAGAGGUGCAUCUCAGCAGUCACCCCCGACAGAAACGCUUUGUGAUUUUUGGAGGACGCUGGCCAAAAACUGACCUCACUUACAAAAUCCAGCGCUUCCCGUGGCAGAUGAAUGAGGAUAAAGUGAGGCGGGUUUUACGGGAAGCUCUCAAGAUUUGGAGUGACGUUACGCCCCUCACCUUUACUGAGGUCAUCAACCAAGAGGCCGACAUAAUCAUUGACUUUGCAAGGUACUGGCAUGGUGAUAAUUUGCCCUUUGAUGGCCCCGGUGGGAUCCUGGCUCAUGCUUUUUUCCCAAGGACACACCGGGAGGGAGACAUUCAUUUUGAUUAUGAUGAGUCCUGGACGGUGGGCAAUGAACUUGGAACUGAUCUUCUUCAGGUGGCAGCACAUGAGUUUGGUCAUGUCCUGGGUCUACAGCAUUCUCUGGAGCCUGGAGCCAUAAUGUCCCCAUUUUACAGCUUCUCUUAUCCUCUCCAACUCAGUGAGGAUGACAAGAAAGGGAUUCAAUACCUCUACGGCCCCCGGCCGCAAGCCCCACUCCAAAUCCCUACAGAAACCAAUGAGAUUAUCACCAGUGCACCUGACGCUUGUCACACAGACUUUGAUGCUGUGUCUGUAAUCCGUGGGGAAUUGUUCUUCUUCAAGGCCAGUUAUGCCUGGCGCAUCAGGGAGGGCCGUCUGCAGGCGGGAUACCCUGCCCUGGCCUCUCGACACUGGAGGGGCAUUCCAGAGAAAAUAGGCGCCGCCUAUGAAGACAAAAAGGGCAAUAUCUGGUUCUUUGAAGGUUCCAGCUACUGGGUGUUUGAUGCAGAACACAAGAUAAAAGGACCAGACCCUCUGCAGACUAUAGGACUUCCUGUCACAGACAUUCAGGCUGCACUGCACUUAAAGGAGCACCACGGCCACUAUACAUACUUCUUCAAAUCAGGAAACUACUGGCGUUUGGAUUCCCAAGAGAACAGCGUGGACACGGCCUUCCCACGCAGCAUCCAGCAGGACUGGUGGGGCAUCCCUGAUGAGAUUGACGCCGCCUUCCAGGAUGCACAUGGCUUUGCCAUCUUCAUCAAUGGCCGACAGUACUGGAAGUUUGACUCAGUUCAACGUAAGGUUUUGGAAGGUUACCCACGCUACGUUAGUGCAGACUUCUUUGGAUGUAGCAUGCCAUAAACCCUCAGGAAACGUUUCUGUCUCUUACAACAACUUCUCACACUCUGGUCUAAAGCACACAGUGUAAUAUCCCUACUUUUUCAUGGAACUGUACUAUGUAACCCAAGUUCUUGUUCCCCAGGCAUUUCUCUUCCUUUCACCUCAAAAAUGUCUGAUUAAUCUUAUUUCUUCUCAGGAAAUCUUGCACAUCUGAGCUUUAUGAACCACGAGCAGCUAUGUCUGUAUUUGUUGUAUUAUCAAGCAACCACUGUGUAAAGAGACACAAAUGCCCUGUUGUUAAGGUGCUAAACAAGGUGCUAAAACAUUUGUCAGGGAUCUUUGCACCAGUUGCAAUGUCCAUAACACUCGAAGUUUUUAUGAUUCGCUGCAAGUUGUACUGUAACUUAAACUAUGCAGUUUGUAUUGAUUAAUAACACAAGAAAACCCUAUUUAGAGAUUAGGUCUCUCAUUCAAGAUGUCAGCCCUCCCCCACACCCUUAUUACAU